UUUGUCGAUAUCACUUGCGACUUUCGAGAGCUAUUUUUAUUUUUUUUCCUAGUCAGGUUUGUUCCAUUUGCUUGCUUUUCAAUUUCGUUAGAAGUUGUUUUCUAAUAUUCAAAGUUUUCAAGUUUUAAGUCCUUUUUUCGCAAAAUGAACGGCGGCGGAAAAAACGGAAACCGUAGCUGGACCGAAAGCGCUCCGCAGCGAAGCCUGAAUGGGACUUUGAUGCCCAGCAAGAUCUUUAUUGGCGGACUAGCUCCUCAGACCAAUAAGGAGCAUGUCCAGCACGCGCUCCGCCAGUACGGUCCGAUUGUGGAUAUCAAUGUGAUUACGGAUAAAUCGCUGUUCGCGCGUAACGGUGAACCGCGUCGGUAUGCUUUUGUCGAAUUCGGUUUCGCUGAGGACGUGGAUCGAGUGUUGCGCGUGUUUCAGCGGACUUUUUUGGAAAUUCAUGGUCGUCGUUUGAAUGUGGCUAAAGCCUACCGUCGUCCAUCGACGUUUGGAAAAAUCUUCCGUCCGGACGAUGCGCCCGUGCUGCCCAAGGCGGAACAGCUGCCACCGGGAAUUGGUGUGGUGACGGUCCAUCCGGAGGCGUACAACAAGGGCUACGUCCCGCCGGGGAUCCAGAACGCGCAGUGGGCCAUGCUCCCGGGUCAGCAGCCGCUGCAGCCUAACGGAAUGCCGCUGUUUCCGAAUGUUCACGGCGGGAUGUUUGGGGUGCCGUAUUACAACAACGCGUUCUAUAUGACUCCCAAUGGACUGCCGUAUCAGUAUUCUGGAUUCGGUUACGGAAUGGGGAACCAGGUGCCGCUGCUGAAUGGCGCCAACACGGCCACGGCUGGCCCAGGACUGACCCCGUAUCCAGCUGCCACACCGUCGCCCAACGGGUCUAGUGGAUCCAGCGGCGUCUCCUCGUUGGGGACGCCGACCGGCGUCUUCAUGGGCUCACCGCCGCGUCCGGACAUGUUUGAGCGCACCAUGGGAAUGCAUAACGGAUAUUACUACGGUGCUCCGGGACCGAUUCCCAUGGACGGCGGCCAGAUGUACGGCGGGAUGCCGAAUUUCUUCCCGCCGAUGCCGGCUUUCGUGCCGCAGCCUCAGUUUGCUUAGAAACGGAUCUCCGACGUGCCAGACCAAAAACUGUAUGCAGUUUAGUUAUUCCUUUGUUGUUGCAUUUUUUCUCUUUAGUUGUAAUCUCCGUUAAAAAUCGGAUCUUCGUUUGAGUAUAGGGACUAGGGCGUUGUUUCGUUUUGGCGUUGCUUAUGUGCGGAAAGUGUUGUCAUUUAUUGUCAACGGUGCGCCAAAACGGUGACAAGAGAUUAGUAUUUUUGGGAUUAUUCGAAGAAUUUUGUACAAUUGAUCUACACGAUAUGUAUUUGUCCGGCAUUCUGAUGCGGAGUAUUUUUGCGAGAUUUAUACGCUUGGUCAAUUAAAAAGUUUCU